AAAAUCCGACCAAUGCUCAAUUAUCCCAUUCCAUUUCUUCGUCUAUUCUCUAGCGAUGCAAAUGUAACCGAAGUUGCCCCUGAGGGAAGUCACCGAGGGAGGUUGAAACCUAUUCUCUAUUUAUUAGGGUUUUGUUGAAGAACCGAUAGGUAAAAAAUUGGGUCAUGGAUCGUACCACCGAGGGAGGAGACGCGAGCAACGGCGGAAUGUUGUACCAUGAGGUACAAGAGUCCAAGCUGUGCGCCGUUCAUUGCGUGAACACGGUUUUGCAGGGACCCUUCUUUUCGGAAUUCGAUUUGGCGGCAUUGGCAUCCGAUCUAGAUCGGACGGAGCGGCAGAUGAUGCACGGCUCUGUUACUGGGGAUUUUGUGCCUGAAGUCUCGCAUAACGUCUCUCUCGAUGGAGACUUCAGCAUCCAGGUUCUACAGAAAGCUUUGGAAGUGUGGGACUUGCAAGUCAUUCCCCUGGACAGCCCUGUGGCUGAGCCGGCUCAAAUAGAUCCGGAGAAGGAAAACGCCUUCAUAUGUCAUUUGCAGGACCACUGGUUCUGCAUCCGGAAUGUGAACGGCGAGUGGUACAAUUUUGACAGCCUGUAUGCAGCACCCGAGCACCUAUCCAAGUUCUACCUUUCAGCCUACCUAGACUCGUUGAAGGGUUUUGGGUGGAGUAUUUUCUUGGUGAGGGGUAAUUUUCCCAAGGAGUGUCCCAUAGCAUCCUCAGAGGCUUCCAAUGGCUAUGGCCAAUGGCUGUUGCCCGAAGAUGCCGAGAGGAUUACCAAGUCAUGCAACUCGUCAAUGUCUUCAAGAAUGCGCGGGGGAAGCAGUCAAGGGCUACGCCCCCCGGAUUCUCAUAACCGCUUUGAGGAGUCAGAAAUGGCUGAGGCUGAGGAUGAGGACGAGGAUUUGAAAGCAGCAAUAGCUGCCAGUCUGAUGGAAUCCUCUCCAGCAACGUUGGCCGAGUCUCGACAUGAGAAUCAAGGUAGCAGUGCAGAACAAGCAUGAGCAGAUAGAUAAUAAACAUAUUCAAAUGAUUGGUGGUCAUGUGAUUUUUAUUGCCCAAGUUGUAAACUAAACUAUACUAUACUAUACUAUACACACACUUAAAAGCAAAAGAACGUGUAAACUCUGUUAAGUGAUGAUGAUCUUUGUAAUAACGUGGCUGUGAAGAAAUCUUGAAAUUAAAUCCUUGCUAGCAAAACAUGGAGAAAGAAUGUGACCAAGGGGCUUAAAUAAGGGAUGAAAUGAACAGUGUCCUGUGAAAAUUAAUCAGGAACAUAAUUAAGCUAUCCCAAU